CAGGCUCGUAGCCAUGGCCGUGCGAGGCCACCGCCGGCCCUCCUUGAUCGUAAUGGGCAGAUCCACUACCACGUGGAACGACGCCAGCUGCUCGUGAAGUGGAGGGGUUACCCUGAGUCGGAUAACUCGUGGGAGCCCGUUGAGCAGCUCCAGGCAGACUGCCCGAAGGCUGUUGCGAUAUGGGACGAGAAGCAGCGGCAGCUUCGUAAGUAG